GUCUGUGAUGCAGAUAUAAUUAUUGUGCAAUAUUAUUGUAGGUGUAUGGGGCGCCUAAAACGUAACUCUAUCGAUACUCUACGUAAAAUGCUUGAUUUUCCUAGAGUUCAGCGAAUAUUUUAAAUCAAAAUUACUAAUGAUAAUUAGCUGAAGACACCCACAUAUUCCACAAAUAUGGUUUUAUUAAAUAAUGAUGAGUUUCUCGCCGAGCUUACAAAACUCUUCCAGAAGGCCCGGGCCGCUGGUUCUGUUACCAUGACUAUGAAAAGAUAUGACGGUCGAACUAAACCACAGCCACGUGAUGGAACUCCUGCUGUCAAAAAUCCGGAGUACAAAUGUUUAAUAAGGGCACAAUCCAGUAGCAAAAAAAUCUCAACUGUUGUAGAGCAAAACAAUGUUGAAAGGUUCAGUACAGCUUAUUCAAAUCUGCUCAAAACAAGCGUGAAUGGUUUGAAACGUUUGAAAAAGCCUAAGAAAAAAGCUAUGGCAACUCAGUAAUUUGGUUAAACUGGAGACAAUGUGUCAAGAGACUGUAUACAGUUAAGUGCGCAAGUGUUUGAACAAAAUGUGAACUUUGUGUACCACCAUGGUGUCCUGGCUCGUAGGACGAGGUCCAUUGAAGUGUGCUCUUCUCCCUGAGGAUGGAAGAGUUGGUCUUGCCUGCUGUGCUAGUGGAGCAGCGCAGUUUAGUCACUGACCAUCUGUCCAAUGAACCUAUUUUUUAUAUCCAUACUUUAUAUACUUAAGUUAUAACAUUUUUAAAAUUAAAUAAUUGGUUCAACUGUA